AUGGAGAAGAUGAGGAAAGGCUCGAUCUUGAUAGCAUAUGUGGUGUUGAUGUUGUUGUUGGUGUCUUCUUGUUUCUCUUGCACGACUAAAGAUAAUGGAUGCAAAGACUGCAUUCUUAAACAGUUAAAGUGCGAUUGUCCGAAUUGUAAAUCCGUGUUACGUUGCAUGGCUGGCUGUCUAUGGCACGGAUCAUCCCAAGUUAAGUGCAUAAAGAAGUGUGACUCAUGCAAAAGUGGGCCACGCUUAUCAAAAUGUAAGAAAUGCAUGAAUGAAUGCAAGUGUAGCUGUGUCACCUAUUCAACGUAGGUGAUCUUAUGAUCAUGGAAAAUAAAUGGUGGAUUUUGUACCAUCCAUCUUGCAUGAAAGUGGGGUGCUCUCUCUCUCUCUCUCAAUGAUAUAUCAUAACUUGUGGUAA